AUGGGUAAAAGUCGCAAUAAAUUCAAAAAAAAAAUUCAUACUAAUGUUGAUAAUAAACAAUUAAAUAACAAGCCUUCAAUAAAAUGGCGUUUAAUUAAUAAAGAAGCAAAUUUCUUUGAUAAAGUUUUUGAAGAAAACCUAAUAAAUUUUCAAAAAAUGACCUUGAGCAAUGAUGAGAAUUCAUUACUAAAAGACGAUACAAUAGAAGAAAAAAUUACACGAACUUUUAAAAAGAUAAAAAAAAAACGAAGAAAAAAAAAGACAAAAAGUCAAAUGAGAAAGAGGACUUUUCAGAAACAGAAAAAAAAAAAAUUUAAACGAUAG